AUGGCAUUCAUUCAUUUGGAGCUUUUGCGUCAUCGUCUUCCUGCCUCGCUCGAACAUAUGCUUACAUUCAUUUAUUUGGCAUACUCGAUGAUGGCUUUGUUGUAUGAGACUGUUCCGACGUUCGAAGACACUUGGAUUGAGUGUCUUGGCGACUUGGGCCGCUAUCGCAUGGCUAUUGAGGAUGAUGAUCUCAAGGAUAGAGAAGUGUGGACUUCAGUGUCUCGACACUGGUACUCAAAGGCUAGUGAUAAGGCUCCUCAAACGGGCCGUCUUUACCACCAUCUCGCAAUUUUGGCGCGCCCAAAUGCUCUGCAGCAGCUUUUCUAUUACACGAAGUCUCUCUGCGUGCCAGUUCCCUUUCUGUCUGCUCGCGAGUCAAUUAUGACUCUAUUUGACCCGCAUCUCAAUGGCACACAGACGAGGCUGCAGGAGAUCGACGCCGCCUUUGUGCGCGCUCAUGCAAUCCUAUUUUCGGGCAAGAAUACUGAUCAACUCUUAUCGUCAAUCAACGAGUUCAUCGAUAGCUUGGACAAUCACAUCGCACGUCACACUCGUCGCUGGCUGGAUAGCGCAUACUAUAUUUCUAUCGCGUUGGGUUGCUCACUUCUCGAAUACGGUAGCGAAAGCAAUCCCAUCAUGAGAGCUCUUAAAUCUGGCCGUGCCGAUGACGCAGACGUCCCAAUGGAAGAGGCUGAGACUUUCGCUGCUCCAACACAGAAGUUCCUGGACGCCUUGGAUUUCGCAGCUCGCACUCAUAAUGUUCACUUGUCUCAGUUCCCUGCAGCAAUGGGACUGAUAGAAGAGAAGAUGCCUUGGAAGCUCAUGGCUUUGCUUCUUAACACCGUCAUGCCAACCGAUAUCACUACUGAAACAAUCAAGAUCAUUGAGUCGGAAGAAUUCCCCCGGCCAGAUAAAGGUGACCCUCGUCCCCUGCCGGACGAUUUUGCGCAGCGAGGCCUCCUUUGGGUUGAUAAAUACUAUCCAAACGAUUGGUUCACGGCCACGAAAGUGGAUGACGAUGAAAAGUAUUUCGAGGUUGCGUCAAUGAUGGAAGAGCGCUCACAGCGCUGUCUUUGGCUGGGUUGUCGAUUAGCAACAUCGGGCAAGUGGUUGACUUACGACGAGGAAGCGAAGCAAUUCGGCGUGUCGCCGCAAUUCGAUAUAGAAAUCCCUGAUCUGAGCACCGAUGUCACACCUGCGGGAGCAUCUGAAGAUGCCGAUGUGAUCAUUCCAGAUGCGCCUGACGCAAGCCAAUGA